AUGGCGUCCGUGUCAGACCAAUUCCUGGUCCAGAUGGACCUCCCCAGCCAUCCGGACGAGUGGUUCGACUUUGACAACUUCAUGGACUGGCCCUCCGGCCAGAUCGACGAUCACUCCACUUCGAUGGACUCAAUCUCACCCCCAGAUCUGUCAAUGCCCUAUGAGGCCGAUGCUUUCCUGGAUUCCCCAUCAGAGUUCAUGCAACCCACUUUGUCGGACAUGACCAGCUAUGACUUCCCAGAGUUCAUGCCGGACCAGUCCUCCCAGAUGGGGGUGAUGUUGGAUGCCAGCCCCAUGCUCGACAACACGGAAUUCUCUCCGGUUUCUCCAUACGACAACAACACCGAUGCAUUCCGGUACAUGGUGGAAGCACAUGCAGCCGCCGAUACCCGCGUUGCUUCCAUCAAAGAAAAGCGCCGAGAGGCCUCCAUUGCCCUGCACCUCCAGCGGCUAUGCGACGCCACGGCGAUUGACCUGGACAUGUCCUCGGACUCCACCACCAGCUUCUCCUCCCCCAGCUGGUCCGACUUUGUCCGCGGCAGCGCUUCUCCGCCAUCAACCAACUCCAGCCCCGACGACAACGCACCGACCCCGGCCCCGACAGGCGGGAAUGGCGGUGUCGAAUUUGUUCUAGAUCUCAACAUGAAUGCGGCUACCAAUCUGCCUAAGAAGCAGAAGCCCCGUUCGCUGGCUCAGAAGGAGAACUACAUCAAGGCACGGAAGUACGGCGCCUGCGAAAAACACAAGAAGCAACAUAAGCGAUGUAACUGCUUGGAGAAAGCGGCUGCUCGUGUUAGCGUCAACGAGUCCCCGACCGAUGUGGCUUUCAAGCAGACACCAAAGACGCUGUCACUCCAAAGCUCGGUUUCCCCAACGACCCGGUAUUCCCCGUCCCCGGGCUACGACCCAAGGCGCAGUUCCCCCGCGGAUGCUCUGCCGAUCAACGUUGUCAGGAAGUCCGCGAACAGCUCACCGGAGGUGCCUUCAUCUAUCAGAAGGCCGACAAGCGGCGUUGCGGGACACGACCCAUCGAACAGCACAUCACCCGUGCUCCCAUCAGUCAGGGCCACGGGACGACACAAUACAAGUAUCCCAGGACACGAGCCAACUUUCAGGCCACCGACCACUCCCCAAACGGCCAACGCCGAAAACCGAUCCAAGAGCACUGUCCCAGGCCACGAGAGAUCUUGUGGCUCACCGACAGCGCUUCAAUCAGUCAAAUCCACCCAGGCGAACCUUGGCGGUCAGCCCGGUCACGACCCAUCUCGCAACUCACCAGUUGUAUCUAAAGCCAUGCUCACAACUACAACGUCUUCGGACACGCAACAAAGGCGCAUUCCUCACGUCUCUCGAUCAAGCGGCAUGGUGCCUUCUCCAGAAGGCGGCUUCCUCAAGCACGCUUCAUCUACUGCGAACCAACCCAGCCCCGGCGCUGUUGGCUCGCUGAAGUGGCAAGCAUCGCGCCUGAAUACCCGAUCACUCAUGAAACCAACAAACGAUCAAAUUCAGGCCAUACCAUGCGGUUUCGCUGGAACGGUGGGCCUACGCGAGCCCCAAGGCUUCGGGUGGUGCAGGCGGACAGUGCGUGGAAACAACCCCAAUCGGAGUGUGCUACCAGGCGCCACGCAACCAUUGGUCAUGUGUACUCAACUGGCGUGUUCGGCAAAGAACCAAGUCUGUCCCAGGUCGAGCUCGACUCUCGAGCAGCUUGGCGGACUACUUUCUGGCGCUAUUGCCACACUUGCUCGAGCUUGGCAAGCAUCGUCGUCUCUGUCCUUUUGGGUAGAAGACGCGAUGGCGAGAUGUCUUUCCCUGUCGGGAAGACAGCUCAUGUCUGCCAGAAAGAGUCUACAUCUGUCUCACCGGCGAGUCAUUUAG